AUGUUUUCUUUUUUCUUAUUUUUCAUCUCGAUUAUUAUAUCAUUAUCCAAAGCCGAUAAUCCGGAACUGGGUACAAUCAUCUUCGCCAACAUCCUGUACAGACAUGGAGUUAAAACUCCUGAGGUAUCUUACCCGAAUGACCCUUGGAAGAAUGAGUCCCUCUGGCCUGUGCCAUUCGGGGAGCUGACUAAUUUGGGGAAGCAGCAGCUCUUGGAACUCGGCAAAUGGUUCAGGGCCAGAUAUAACCAGAUGUUGCCCCGGAAGUAUUCCCCGUACGAUAUAUACGUGAGAAGUACAGAUGUAGAUCGCACGUUAAUGUCAGCCCAAGUUAAUCUUGCCGGUCUUUACCCACCAGUGGAUGACCAGGUCUUCGAUGAUGAGCUUAAGUGGAUGCCAAUACCUGUACACACAACUCCGGAGAAAGAGGAUAAUGUCUUGGCUGGAGAAAAGUACUGUGCUAGGUAUUCACUUGAGUUGAAACGAUUGACCGCUUCACCGGUAAUCCAAAACAUUCUGCAAGAUAAUCGAGAGUUGCUUGAUUAUCUCACCAAAAUGACGGGGAAGACGAUCAAUUUUUCUGAUGUAUUCGUUCACAUUUACGACAGUUUAUUUAUUCAGCGUCUUUAUAACAAAACUUUACCAGCAUGGACCAGCUCUGUUUAUCCGGAUAAAAUGCAGCCAAUGGUGAAUUUUGCGUUUACGGCAUAUGCACAUACUAAAAUUCUGCAGAGAUUAAGAACGGGAUUACUAAUGAAAGAAAUGGUGACGCACAUGAUCCAGAAAUCAAAAAGCUCUCUCGUACCCGACAGAAAGUUGUUCAUGUACGCAGCACAUGACGUAACAGUUGCGAAUCUCCUCAUGACUUUAGGGGUCUUCGACCCCCAUCGACCACCCUUCGCAGCAACCGUCCUUAUGGAAUUGAGGCUGAAUUCGAAGAAGCAACAUGUUGUAACGAUCUCGUACAAGAAUUCAUCAGCAGAACCGACUCUACUGACCCUACCAGGAUGCACUCCAGCCUGUCCUCUCUCUCAAUUUGUGAAUUUAACCAAAGACGUAAUCCCAGAAGACUGGGACAAAGAGUGCUCAAUACCACGACAUUCGUCCUCCACUAAUGGCAUCGAGAGUUCCUCAUGUCUGAUCUCACAAGAGAGUUACACUUUUUUUCAACAACCAGCUAUCACUGCAACUUGUCGUAUCAUGAACCAUGAAUCGUCCGAGGAAUUGAAAACAAAUUAUAAAAAAGACCCCAAUGCUGCUAAGCAGAAUACAUCCUGGGACGAACCACAAAAAUCCCAACAUGUUUCACGAAAGAGUGAUUGGAUUAAUCGUGGAAAUUGCAAGAGAACCAACACCACGAGUAAAGCUAUGAACCCUGUUGGAUGUGAUGAACUACCUCACCUCCCUACAACUACCAAGUCUCGAGGGAGAUUGAAACUUUUCCAACAAAAGAAUGAAAAUUCUACGAUCAAGAGAGUAGUUUAUGACUCACAGAAGAAAGACCCACCAGAUAUGAUUAUCGACUUGAACAGUGAUGAGGUAUUGGCAGUCGCCACUGAUCCAGCAAAAUACUCCCUACUUUUAUCUCAACUUCCAAGUGAAAUGAACCAAUCCCUUCAAAAACUAAAAGUGGGUAAAGUCAACAGAGAUGACAAGAGUACGCGGAAGAUUGCUUCUAAUGAAGACGCCAAUUUAGCAAAGGUCGGGGAUGAUGCUAAUUCUCAAUUGAGAUCGAAAAAACGGUUGAGACUUGGAAAAUCACCACCCUCCAUCAUAUUAGUUGAAUCCUUUUCAGAUACAGAUGAUCGUGCUGUAAAAGAUCGACAUCAAGAGCCAUUGAAUAUGCCUAAGGUGAAAAAAGUACGCUACGAGGGCCAUGACAGGUUUCUUACCAGACAAUCGCCGCAAGCGAGUACAAGUAAUAAUUAUCAGCGCGUACAUGUGCAAACUGAUCAUUUUCAUAACGAGAAGAAACAAAGUGCACAAUCAAUAUGUAUAGAAAAUGACACAAAUUCUGAUGAGGAUGUUCGUAUGAAUGAUUUGUCGGCUCCCAUCAUCUAUUGA